AUCCCCUUCUCCUGCAGAGCAUCCCUUUGUCCUGCAGGCUCCAGAGCCAGUCCUGUGUGCACCUGUAUUGCAGCCACUGGAGAAGCAGAGAGCCAGGGCUCACCAUUUCCACUUGGUCAAGUUCCGCCUGGUAAUAAAACUGCAGUCACUAUUUCUAUACAGUUCUUAAUGUUUCUAUAAUGCGUUAUUAAUGGAAAUGAGCUGCAGGAAGUUAUUUAUUACUCUCAAGUCUCUCUUCUGCUCCAGGUUUCAUGCAGAAGUGUUUGGCCAUGGGUUUUCCUCUCCCCCAGACCUUCUCUGAACAAUUUCAUCUGUGCUCUCUGUUUGACCGGAGUCAAUUUAGUGAAGCUAAUGGAGUUGCUUCUCUUCAGGUCAGUGAUGAUUUUGCAUCCUUGAGUUCCUUGCUUAAUUUGCUGAGAAAAUUUCAGGUUCUAAAGCCAGUUCUCAGAGUUCCCCCCUUUCCACAGCACUGCCCAUAGCACAGCCGUGAGACCAUGCACUUGGCGGCGGCGGCUGGACCUGAGGUUUCUCCACAUCUCCGCUCCUGUCAGGCUGUGUUUACUUUGCUUAGAGGGAAGUUUGGCAGCAGGCUCCACUGUAAUCCUCCCUUCCAGCUGGAGCACGUUGCAUCCUUGCCUUCUCUUUAAUGGGAAAGCAAGCAGCUCGCAGGAAAGAGUUAAGCCCAGCAAGGCUUUGGGAUCCUUUGCUGAGGAGAGGGCUGCUCUUUUGUUUGUUUCGAAGCUCGGGCAGGAAAGUGGGGAGGAGAAAAUUACCUAAGUGAUAGUGAGGUUGCCAUGAGCUGUAUAAAACAGUGAAAUCAAGUCAGAGAAACUCCACCUCGCAGUCUUGAACCAUAAGCACAACCCCUGAAGAGAAACCCACCCCACAAGUGAGUGAUCUCAAAGGCUUGAACUGAAACCAGGCUGUAUGAGCUCAGAGCUGCUGCGGGACCGAGAACUUUGUCACAGCCGCAUCCAGUUUUGGUGAGAGCUGCGAGCAGGAAUGCUGUUCUUGGGAAGCUUCGGAAGAAUGAAGUGGAGGCAGCUUUUCUGGGUCGCUUUCUGUGUUGUGGAGUUGUCUGGCAAAGCUGCUGGGACCUCAACAACCAACUCCGUGCUGUCAGCCACGGAUGCGGCGACCAAAGGCACCAGCAGCGUGGAAGCCACCGGAGACCCUGCAGCCCCCAGCAGUGCCAAGCCGACACCAGAAACAUCCGCCGCAGCCGUGUCCCUGGCAGCCAGUCCCACCUUGCUGGGGCUCGGCAGCGAGCGGACGAGCCCGCAGUCCAGCCAAGCCAGGACGCAGCCCAGCCAAGCUCCCACGCUGCUGCUGGGCACCCCCUCGGAGCCCAACACCACGAGUCAAGGGGUCUCCACAAGUGAGAGCCCAGUGACACAACCCAACACGAUGGCAGAAACCCUGAGAUCCACACCGGCUCCGACGAGCUCUCCUGUCACCUCGGGGCAUCGUCCCACCUCAAUUGCCACCACGCCGCUGGACAAAGGCAGGGACAGCCCGAAGCCCAUCACAUGCCACAACGUCAAAGAAGUGAGCGACACCGGAGCCAUCUGCUUGCAGCUCAAUGAGUCCAACACUUGCAAACAAUUUUUAGAGAUGAAGGGGUCGGAUUUAUGGAGUGCGAUAUGUGAAGAGAGCGCCCACCCCGUUCCCUCCCCCUGCCAGAUCAAACUCGCCAAAUCGGAGGUGGACCGAGACUGUAUGCUCCUCAUCCUCGUCGGUGAGAGAGAUCCUGCUACUGAUAUGCUCCAGGAGUCUCACUGGGAAAAGUUUGGAAUAAAAUCCCUUAAACGGGGGAGCGUGAGGAGCCACCAGGACUUUUCUCAGAAGACCCUGAUCGCCUUGGUCACGUCUGGGCUUGUGCUGGCGUUCCUGGGCUUGGCUGGAUACUUCCUGAUGAAGCGGCGGAGCUGGAGCCCCGCGGGAGAGAGGCUGGCUGAAGACCCGUAUUACACGGAUAACGGUAGCCAGGGAAACACGAUGCUGAUGAUGCCCGCCCAAGAGCAAGCCGAGCUGCAGGAGAAGCCGAACCUCAACGGCGGAACUCAGGAGAACGGCACUGGCCAAGCGUCCUCCCAAAACGGCCACUCAGCCAGGCAGCACAGCCCAGCCGACACCGAAAUGUGAACCGGGCAGAGAAGAACAUCUUUCGCGUCAACCAAGAGGGGAGCAGAGAGAACAGGGAGGGUGAGAGUUUUCCAUGGACAGUUAGGGAAUUGCAGACCUUUUCUUUCUUCUCUAUUAUCAUUUCUGUGAAGGACUUCAAAAAUCAGCCUAAAGCACACGAAGCUCCAGAGCUGCCGAAGACCUGCUUCUCUGCCUCCUCCUACCUGACCACACAAGACACUUUCUCCCAGCUGUCCUCUGCUUUUGUUGUUGGAGGAACAUAACGAGAAAAGCAAGUGCCCUUAGCCCCGAACGGCUUUGAAGCAGAGGCAGACUGAAGCUACAGAAGCUUUGAAUCAGACUCCAAACAGCCACGAUUUUUGAUCGCAGUGUGUUAGGCUGCUUAAAAUAGUUAAAUUGGGAUUUCAGUGACAAAAACCUCUCAGGUUUCAGAUAAUUUUGUUUAACAGAGUUGUUUUUCAUCUCAUCUUUAGGUUUAAGUGCAGGAUUUCUUCCUCUUUUAAGGACGUCAGGCAUUUAAUCCCCCUUCUUGUGCUUUAGGUCUUCUUUAGUAUUUUCCACUCCAGCAGAAUUUGCUGAAGAUCUGUGUAAAACUUUCCACAUGAGAUCGAAGGCUGAAAUGUGAAUAGAUCUCAGACUUGUUUGGUUUUCAAUCCUACCUGCACAAAGGUAGUUGGUUUAGGGUAAAAGCCUUCCCCAGUCUCUUCACGUCAGGGACUGGCGAUGGCAUUCGACAAGGCAGAGCCAGCAGUCACCUGAGUGAGGUGGAGAACGUUUGAUAGGGCUGUGGAUGGCUCUGCAGAUGAGUCCCACCUCACGGCUGGUGCUUAGGGUAAGACUUUGGGAAUAAAAGAUGCCAAAAGGCUCCCAGUGAGAUGAGUGCUGGACCUGGCUCUGUCCUCAGAUGUUUCCCCCUCUGCACCAGCAAAACCAUAAAACCAAAUGUUUUCGCUAUGGUAAGUGAAGGCCAACACCAAAAUCCCAACAGCAGAAGCAAGUCCUACCUAGCUCUGCACUGAUCCUGCACCCAAGGCAAGCGGUGCUGCGAGCCACAUCACCGAGGCUGAGUUUAUGGGCAGCUUGAUGACAUCCAGGGACCAGGAGCAGGUUUGAGCUCAGUCCUGAGCGAGUGCAGCCUGGUUUUGGGGAGCCAAAGGAGCUGUUGUGCAAGACUGGUGUUGAUGGUAUAAGACCACGAGAGGCUGCGGUGCAGACCACAAUCUCUGCUGGCACCAGCAGUGACUGCCACAUCCAAACUAAGGACAGAAUCAUAGAAUCAUUAAUGUUGGAAAGGACCUGUAAGAUCUUCCAAUCCAACCAUCAACACGAACGUGCCUAUUAAAACAUGUCCCGGAGCGAAAUGGCCCUUGAAGCUGAUCUACCCUCUCGACAGUGAAUUUAUUGCAACUUUUUCUGAGGGGGAGACAGUUUUUUUUUGGUACAGCGCUUAAAGAAACGAGAGCGAUGUCCGACAUUAUCGGGGCUAUUUCUUGGGUGCAAGAAUCAUGUACACGCCGUUUAAAAGAUUUCAGGUUUUGUUUGUUUGUUUAUUGAAUUGCUUCUCCCGAAUCUCACUGUAAAUAACCCCAACUGAAAAAAAAAAAAUCGACUAUUAAAAAUCAGUUUCUCCACUGUGUCCUUGGAAGAACAGAGUGUUUAUCCCAGUGGGUCGCGUGGCUCUGGCUGCACCGUGUGCCAGCGUGAUAAAAGGACAACGCCUCGCCGCGAGGUUGCUUCCCAGCAAUGACUAAAGGCUGGGGCUUGUUCUGCACGCAUUUUCCCUGUCUUUCAACAAACACAUUUGCAGGACAAGUGACGUACAUCACUUUAUUAACCCUCCUUUGAUUGAUUUGCCGGUGUUUAAGAUGCCCGGCUACUUCUGGGAUAAAUAAAUGAGAUUCGGGUCUCAUGGAGCGGUUGCAGGGUCUGACCUGAGAGCAGGAGUGCAUGAGAAGAUGAAGAUGCUGAUGAACAUGAAGAUGAAGGCUCACUCGCUCUGCCCUAGGAGAGAACCAGCUUUGGUUCCUGCCUCAAAGGAUUUACAGGGUGAUGCUCAACAAUCCUUUACUGCCUGUUCUUGCAGAGAUGCUCGAGCUGCACCGAAAGCAGGAGGUUUGGGGCUGGGUAUCUUUACUAACACAGCCAGGAGGCUCUCUGGGAUGCUCGGCCCUUCCUAAUGCUCAUUUCCUGGGCAUGGGCUCAUGGGCAGAGGCACAGCGGGGAGCGAAUACAGCUAGAAAGCACCACUGCCAGUUGUGUUGUAGCUCAGGGUGCUCUGACCUUGACAGCCUGGCUGCAAGGGGAAGAGAUGCAGGAAAAUGGAAUGACUUUCUCGCCCAAGAGCCCUGGCUGCUGCAGAGCGCAGGGGAAGCUCUCCCAGGGGCUCGAUUUGCAGGGCAGGAUAAGAAAGGGAGCCGGGGUUGGCUUUUUUUUCCAUUGGCAAGGGUUUAUCUAAUCAGCACUAGUCGCUGUAUCAGAAGUAGGAGAUCUAAUCAAACGUCAGGUGUGUUUUUCACAGCUCAGGGUAUGUCCUACAGCCAAGCAGAGACAAUAAAGUUACAGUCAACUGCUUUGGCAAAACAAAAGCAUUCCCUGAAACAUCCAGAUUGAGGGAAAUGCUGAAAGCAGCGGUGGCCGAGCAGGGACGGUGCCGAGCCAGCGGAAAAGGCUGCACUUCCAGCUCAGGAAGUUUUUUGCCUGUGUGUAAACAGAGCCAGGCUCAGCACCGGCCCAGCUGAAAAGGUUACUAUUAUUAUUCUUUCCUUAUCAAACCCCUUGCAUUCCUUCCUUGCCGGCCUCACCGUCUGCUGGGCAGCCGCCUCCUCCUCUCACCAUCCUGUGUGCAGCCUGCGAGCUCACAGCUGCUUUUGGGCCCCUUUGGGGAGCUAAAUCCAUCCCAGGCUCCAACAGCAGCCUGCUUUCCCAUCAACAUGGUCCAAGGCGGAUGCAACCGCUCUUGCCUGGUUCGUGGUCUCACGCUCACCCACCCAAGCAGCCCCCGAAUCCCUCUGUGCAUUGAAACCAGAGACUUCUUUCAGAAAUGAAGGAAUACCUUCCUAGCUGAACCACCAGGAGAGAGAAAUGCACACUGCUGAAACUAAUCACAGCAAACGAGUUUUAAUUAAGUCCUAAAUUAUGUCCCUCUGUGGAUCUCCCCUCCCUUUGAUGAUAAAUAAACAAAAACCCUCCCAGGUGCAAAAAAUCCUUCCCUGCAGCACCAGAAGCCCUUCACAGCCAAGCAGCACAUCCCAGGUAAGAGAAAAGUCUCUCCUCUUUCUGCUUGCUGGGUGUUGAUUUCUUUUUUCAUUGACUUAGCACUGGGAAGAGCUGCCCAAAUGCCUGAGAUCCCUCAGCAGCAGGAUCAGUUUUCCACUGGCUCAGGGGCUCCAGCCCCAUCCAACCUGGCCUGGAACCCCUCCAGGGAUGGGGCAGCCACCACUGCUCUGGGCAACCUGGGCCAGGGCCUCCCCACCUGAACAGCAAAACAUUUCUCCCCAAGAUUUCACCUCAAUCUCCCCUCUUUCAGCUGAAAACCAUUCCCACUCAUCCUCUCCCUUCCCUCCCUGAUCCAGAGCCCCUCCCCAGCUUUCCUGGAGCCCCUUUCCAUACUGGAACCUGCUCUAAGGUCUCCCCGGAGCCUUCUCUCCUCCAGCCUGGCCCUUGAUUCUCAUCCAUAAGCUCUCGCUCCUCAUCCAGGCUGUAUUACACAUAACAAUGCUGCUAUCUGCUGGCUGUGCCCUGCUAAAACAUUUAAUACAUUAUCCAGUAGGAAACUGGUACUCGGGUAACGGUGCCCAGUUGGAAGCAUCAUCUGAAGAGGAGUGGUGCUCCACCACAGUCCCCUGCAGCACCCCGGGGGCAGCAAUACAGCCGAGAGGCGAACAACUUCAUAUCAUGAAAUUAAGAAAGAAGUAAUACCUACACUGGGCUCCAAAGAUCAUAUUCCAAGAGUGGGGAACAUCUAAAAUGAAAUUUCUAACGUGAAUUUCCCAUCGAUCCUGUUCCCAUCUGCUUGUUCGAUGCCUGAUCCUGCGAAACUCAGGUGGGAGUUUGACAAUAUUUGGUGCACCAUCUGCCGCAAGGCCACGCGGGAGCUUCUAUCCAAGCAAAAGGAGCGUGGAAACAUGGGCAGGCUUUGAUAACGGCUGGUGCAACGCCGCAGGUGGCUGAGGGAGAAGAACCUGGUGAAGCCAGGGUACGUCCCUGCGACCGGAGCCCGGGAACCAGCGGUGCCCCCAGCUUCUGGAGAAGAAGAGGUUGAGGGGAGACCUCAUCACUCUCUGCAGCUCCUGGAGAAGAGAAUGGUUUGGUCUGGAAGGGACCUCAACGGAUGCUCCAGCCCUCGGAUCAUCUCCGUGGCCUCCUCUGGACUCACUCCCACAGCUCCAUGUCCUUCCUGUGCUGAGGACUCCAGAACUGAACGCAGGGCUCCUGAUGAACAAACGCAAUUGCAGAGGAAAAAUGUCGCUGCAAGCAGGAGCCUGGAAAUGGAGCUAAGGAAAGCUGCCUUCCCUACUUCUGGAUAUAAACAAGACACGAGGAAGUUACUCACGGUGUAUCCUGCAGCUGUGUUCAUGGUCCUUUGGAGUGAGCGUACGCAGGAGAAUUCCCUCUCGUGGGAUCACUCGGGAGUAGGGUUUGUAAGACAGCAUCAUCGUGGCUGUCCUCGAGGAUGAACAAGGAAGACAAACAACACAAAAGGGUGUGUUACCAGCCCUUCAGCCUUGACUGCUCUGUUCUAAAGCCACCGAAGAAAUUGGAAGAGGAGGAAACAAACUGCAUUAAAAGUGAGUUUGGAUCUAAAGACUUUCAAGUAUCUGUUGGAUCUCUCUGAUUUUGAUUUGACUUUUCAGCUUAUCUACUGAUAACUCAGUGUACAAGUGCUUGUUAAAAGGACUGUAACUGCUCGUAAAACCUUUCUAAUGAUUUAAGCUUCGGAAAAUUUGAAGGCCCUGUUCAACCUUUGAGGAGUAACAGUUGUUCUGAUCCAGUAGGUGGACGUUACCUCCUGAUGAGCGGCAAUCAAGAAAUCCCACAAGACAGACCCAACGUCUGAUGCAUUUAGAAUCAUUACGUGAUUUGUGUUGAAAGGAACCUUUUCGAGAUCACCUAGUCCAACCCCUGAAGUUGUUCUCUCCUUUCGUGGUCUGAAUGUUUAAGAGAAAUUCCCUGUGCCCGGUGCACAGCUCACCUCCGGACCGCGGCUGCAUCCGGGAAGCAAAGCGGUUGUGUUCAGCUGGACCAGAGGGCUGGAGCAGGUACAGACUCGGAUGCACCGGCCAGUGAUGCACCCCGAGUGUCCCCAGAACUUGAUCAUCUUCAGGACUUGGUGAAAACCUCCCAAGGAAACAAAGGUGAUAUGUGAUAUAUAUAUAUGUAUAAUAACGGAAUGGUUUGUGUUGGAAAGGACCCCAAAGCCCAUCCAGUCCCACCCCCUGCUAUGGGCAGGGACACCUCCCACUGGAUCAGGGGCUCCGAGCCCCAUCCAACCUGGCCUGGAACCCCUCCAGGGAUGGGGCAGCACCACUGCUCUGGGCAACCUCUUCCAGGGCCUCCCCACCCUCACAGCAGAACAUUUCUCCCCAAGAUCUCAUUUAAUUCUCCCUUCUUCCAGCUUAAAUAUGUGUUCUUCACCUUAAUAUACUCUUAUUGCCUUGUUUUGGGGGGAGGAAUAGUAUUAGAAGCUGCUUUAAAGGCUUAAAACCAGUCCUUGCCCUUCCUUAGGUGUUGGCCCAGCGCUGAUCCGAGCUCUUCCGUCCCCUUUAAAGGAGUCAAGGACACAGUCGUGCCCGGGCGGGGAAGGAGUUGGUUUGUGUGGUUUUUUUAAAAGGGAAAACACUUGGCAGGAACAUGAGCAAAGCUGAAAGUAUUUUCAUCUGUUUGGUUUUGUAAUGUUUAAUGUUUUGUUUUCUACUUUAGAAAUUUAUACAAAGGUCUCCCCGGCUGGAAAGAGUGGGAUUAACUGAUGGAUUAGAAUUGGCCACGUAAGAAAAAAAAAAAACCUCAAAUCUCUUGAAAAAUGACAAUAUCUAUUUAUUUGUAAGAAAAACAAAAAUAGAAAAGCUCAGCCUCUAAUUGAGAUCUGUUUGCAAAAUAAUUCCACGCUGGGAAGAGGAAUCAAUUUCUGCAUAAAAAAACUUUUUGAGCUUACGUUUUAUUUUGUUACUUGCUUGGAUUUUGACCUUAGUAGUGGGUUUCCAAUGGCUAUGGAAGGGCAAAAUACCUGUCUUAAUUUCUCAUAGAAUGAUGGAACAGUUUGCUUUGAGGGACCUCAAAGCCUACCCAUCCCAUCCCUGACACGAGUAGGGACAUCUCCCACUGGAUCAGGGGUCCAAGCCCCAUCCAACCUGGCCUGGAACCCCUCCAGGGAUGGGGCAGCACCACUGCUCUGGGCACCCUGGGCCAGGGCCUCACCAUGCUCAUCAUGAAGAAAUUCCUCCUUAUGUCCAGCCUAAAUCUUCCCCUCUCCAGUUUAUACCCAUUCCCCCUCGUCCUAUUACCACAAAGCUUUGUAAACACUCCCUCCCCAGCUUUCUUGUAGCCCCCGACGAGGAAUCAAUUCGUGGCAUCCACUUUGGCAGCCGAGGCUGAUGAGGAGCCUCCGGCAGGCGUGGUGCUCGCUCCGCGUGCGUCUGGCAGCUCCCGUGGGUGCUGUGCCAGGGUGGGAAGGGGGGACCUGAAGCGAUUCAGAUGAAUCACAGCGGAUUUCCCAAUCCCUCAGUGUGGUUAUAAAAGCAGGGGCUCCAGGCAGGGGCUGGGGAGAUGCGCCCUUGCAGCCGGAGCAGCAGUGUUGCCAUUCCCUACAUGCAUCCCAUAAGGCAGCGGGCAAAGAGAGGAGGUCUGCUCUUGGAUGCAGGCUACUUGCAGCCCAGGGAUGCUAAAACAGCUGCUCAGAAAUGUCUAAUCAAUGUUUUUCCUGUUUAUUUAUUUCCUGAUUGGAAAAUAUUGCCUGGUCAUAUUAAAGUGGGUGAAACUUAACAGGAGAUUUUCUUGCCCUCAGGGUGUAACUCCAGGGAGUUGGGAGGUGACAGCAGGACUGACAACCCAGGAGAGCCAAACCCACUGCUGCAACAUCAGCUGGGAUACAGGGGACUGGAGCUGGAAGACGUUUUCCCUUGGAGAGCAAAGCAGGGAGGUGCAGGUGAAGCUGCCGGCCCAGGUGAGCGCCCGCCAGCCCAAAGGGUCUGCAGUGCCUCUGCCUCAUUUAAUUAAACACAUAAAAACCAAGCCACAAAUCCUGGAUCUGCAUUUCAGUGCAGGAGGGGAAGGGAUCUCACAAAUGAAACCUUUUCUGAUGAGUCGUAAGUAGAAAUUAUAUGUACAUAGAAUGGUUUGGGUUGGAAGGGACCUCAAAGCCCACCCAGUUCCAACCCCCUCCAUGGGCAGGGACACCUCCCACUGGCUCAGGGGCUCCAAGCCCCAUCCAACCUGGCCUGGAACCCCUCCAGGGAUGGGGCAACACCACUGCUCUGGGCAACCUGGGCCAGGGCCUCCCCACCCUCACAGCAGAACAUUUCUGCCCAAGAUCUCAUCUCAACCUCCCCUCUUCCAGCUGAAAACCAUUCCCCUCAUCCUGUCCCUGCACUCUUUGAUCAAGAGCCUUAUGAGACAUCGUCAGCUCUCUCCAUCAACGUUGUUCAGGAGGAAAUAACCCCAAGGGAUUCCCGGCAGCUCCCUCGCGGCACCGCGUCGGGGGGUUUAGCGAUGCCGUGCAGCUCUGGCCCAUGAUCCAGCUCCUCCGGGGGCUGCUGGCGUUCCAAGAAGCUGGUGGGAAGGUAGAGAUGUUUAAAUCGUUCACCAGCAAAGCACACAGUACCUGCAACGCCGUUUUCCAGUCUUUUAUUCAGGUUUUGCUGCCUGGGAGAGCUUCCAGGGCCGGUGGCUGGGCUGAGCCUGUGCGGAUCAGCCGGAGCCAGCAGCCCAAGGCCAGCCAGGCGGGACGCUGCCGUCACUCCCGGCGCUCCGGUCUCUGGAGGACGGCGUGUUCCCAACAUUAUGCAAUACCAGGCGGCGGGCGACCCCCAGCCUGCUGCUCCCACCACAGCAGCGAGCCCCCCAUUCCCAGCCCCGGCAUCCCAUGGGAAGCAGGAAACCUUGACAAAGCAGGAGCGUGGCUGUAAUUAGGAUUAAUCUAUUUUUAGCAAGCCCUCUUGCGCCCUGUCCGCGCUCCAGCUGAGAUGUUUAAUUCUAGCUCGGCUCUUUCCGCAGCUGCACCCAGGGUUGAUAAAAAGAUUUUCUUUUAAACCUUGAAUGUGUUGCUUUUCUGGGGUUGUUUUCAUGUUUUUUUGGAAAAAAAAAAAACAAAACCUUUUUUCCUCUCAAGGGAAAUUAAUAUAGAGGCUGCUGUAUAUAUAAAAAACCCAAAAACAGUUGUACAACUUUUACUAUCAUUAUUAUUCAUUUUACUCUGCGGUUUGGAAACCCAGUCAUAGAGCAGGAAUGUGAUGUACCCGGGGCUGCACAAACAGCACAGAAGGGGAAAAAAAUUACCUUUUCCAAGCUAUAUUGAGUAUAAACACGGAGGGAUAGCAUUAUUUUGCUAAACAGCAUCAGGAUAAAGCAUUACAGGCAUCGAUGAAGAGCAUUUACUGAUUAUUUAAGUGUCUACUGUUCACGUGUUUAACCUUUUGUAAUGGAUUUCUAAAGGGAACUUCAAGUAAGAUUAGCAGUUGGGAAAACACCGUGGAGCCCAGUUGGAUCGAGAUCAAUGGAUUCCUCCGUCCCGCUCUUCCCCCCUCAGCCCAGCUCGGGAAUGUUUGGCUUUUGCAAAUAUUCCUGCCCCGUGGGAUCGGGGCCGGAGGGGCAGAAGGGGCCGGAUCUGCCCUGCCAAGGGCAGGGGACGGUACCUGAGAGCAGCGGGCGGGCAGCACGGCUCUUGGGUGUUCUCCUUUCCCCGGCCGUGCGCUGCGACGAGUGGGAAGCAUCGAGGGUGGUCCAGCGCCUGCAAAGAUGCUCUCCUUAGGCAAAACCAGGCUCCUGGGUCUCUCCCAGAGCAUCCAGCAAGCAGCCCAGGGGCAUUUCUGCCGCACACGGAGGCGCAGGGCAGAUUUUCCUCUACACCCACUCGUCCCCGUGUAUUUUGGUGACUCACAAAGCUCCAAAGCGCUGAGAAGGGCUAUUUCUGUGCUCCCACUGCAAUCCCUGCUGCCGGCGCACCUCAGCCCCGCACGGCACCCCCGCCGCUUCUAUUCUUAGCAGCUAAGAGCUGGAAUAAUUACUUUUGUCUCAGCACCGUUGGCUCCCUUGAUUGGAAACCAAGAAACAACCUGCACCUCGGGGCGCCCCCGCUCUCACGCCCACCGUGGGCAGAGCGGUCAGGGGUCCGAGGAGCCACCCCGGCGGCCUCUGGGCAGCAUUCCAUCAGCAGAGCUGUCAGCCGAGGAGAACGAAUACCUUGAACCCAGCUUCAACACAGGGCGCACGUCCUGCUUUGAAGCUGCUCGUAUGUGAAUGUGGUGUCACCUCUUUGCGAAGGAUCGCAGCCGGGAUUUUUUUCAGCUCAGGUCUAUCCCAGGGCUCCACCUCUCCAAAGGGUGGGCCAGGUUCCAUUCCAGCGCCUGCUUCACUGCGUGGGCCAGGUUGGCACGAAGAAUGCAAGCGUGUUAUGCAAACGUGAGCACCCAGUGCCGACCCAUCCCAAACGCUUGUUGGGAAGAAACCCACAGCUCUGGCUCUGCAGCCCUUUGAUCGCAACACUCCUUAUUCCAUCCCAUUCCCUUGAACCAUCCCCAAAGAAAAAUCCCCACCUCAACCUCUGCGCACAUCCAAGAAGGUGCAGAGAAUCCACUUUAAAGCUGUUUCUGAAAGGGUUUUACUGUUAUUUAUCCUCCUGCUGGUUGGGACUCUGGUGAGAAUAAAAGUGCUGAAAAUACUACACAAGGCAUUUCUCCACCAUUCACUACGAAACUUGUCUGGAAAGCAAUAAACCUUUUGGGAAAAAAACCCUAAACCCAAGCAUUUGCUGUGCCUCUGUAACCAUCCGAUGGUCACCGCAGAACAAAACCUGCUGAGGGUCCCAGGUGGAACAGCCCCACACGGGCUUCAGUCGCUGUGUUAGCAAAUAUUCCCAUUUCGGAGUUGUAAAUCUCCAGUUUCCUGGGAAUCUGUGCAUAUCCUGGUGGCUGUCGGGAUAGCACUGUGAGACCACAAACUCUCCGCUGUUGCCUAAGUUGAUGUGAAAAGGAAGACUUCUAGGUCUGAUUCCUGUUUUUCUGUGGAAAAUGAAAGAAAGCACCUGUCUGAAAUAAUUUCCUACCCCUUUCCUCCCAAAGCCACGCUGUUCCGAUAGCUCCCACUACCGACAACGGUUCCCUCUCACUAAUUGAGGUGGCCUUCUGGGCAAUAAUGAUUAUAAUUAAGCAAGAGGCACAACCUGAGUAAAAUCUGGGAGCAAGGACUCCUGGAUCAGCUUUGACCCUGAUUCCAUAAACAAUGUGUGUUAAAUUAUAUCACCUUCAUUUAAUUCAGCCUCCUCAUACGCAAAAUUCUAUUGAUUUUAAGCAAGCAAACAAUAAAACUUGCCAGUUCCCAUAGGGAACAACUAAAUUUACUACUUUAUUUGCAGCCAAUGUCACAAAGAGUUAAGUAAGAUAUUUUUUUAGGGAUGAUUUUCUAUCAAAACCUGCAGAAAAAAAGAACAUUUUACAGAUCAACCUCCCCUCUCCUCAAAGAGGGAUGGGGGAAACGGCACUGCCAAGUGGGCUGCUCUGUUUCUGCUGCUCUCCCUUGAACAGAGCUGCCUGGGAAUUCCGUGCCGAAACAGAUUCUUGUUGGAAAACCUCCUUUUGUUGAGGCUGUGAGGAAGAGGUAGCACUGAAAAACCAUCUGAAGAAUGGACUAUUUUGCAUUUUAAAGCAGCUUCCAGGGCUUUUUGGUUGUUAAACAGAACACAGUGCUAAUAGUUAACUUUUCCACCCCUCAGUCCACCUUUCCCUCAGUCCCUGCUCCUUCCGUUUACCACCAGCCGCUCCCGGAGGUGAUGUGCCGCGGCGGCAUUUACGUGGAUACGGAGGUCAGGGGGUUACAGAUUUACAGCUGCACGGAUUUGCUAUGGCUCGGGAAGGAAUUUGUUUGGCAUUGUCGGGGCCUUUUGGAUUAUUUGAUCUCAACCUUGUCAUUAAAACAGGAACGUGCCCCGAUUUUAACAAUCACAGCUUCCUGCAGUUGGAGGAAGGUGUGGCCGAUGGCAUUUAAACCGAAGCCGGAGCCAAGGUUUUGCCAGCAGGAAGCGUGGGCAGUACCACGAGGAAUUCAUUCGGCACUAAAAAGACCAAGGACCUUCCUCCAUGGAUGGCUGAGGAUCACAAUAAUGAUGUGCAUGAGGGUUGGGUAUUUGUAACAUCAGGGUUCGUAUGGUAUUGCUAUUAAGGUUGCUGUAGAAUGACAGCAGAAAACAGCACAGGGGAUGCUGGAAAACUGAGGAUGAACCUUUCUGGAGGGUUUGGCAAACCCCCUGCUCCUCUCACGAUACUGUAGGAAAUGGUUGGUUGACGGUAGGGACAGCUGGGGGUUCAAUCCCUCCCAUCCUCCUGAAAAACUGUCUUUUUUUACCUAACAUUCAGCCUGAGCCGUUCCAGGUGUAAGCCCUGAUACCUUGGUACAUUGCCUAGCGCUAUCAGAACUGGGUUUGUUUAAAUCAACCCUGUAAGUACCGCCCUCCCCCGGCACAGCUGUCAUCAGCCACCAGGUCACCCCUCACUUCGGUACGGAUACUUACACUUCCAUUCCACGGCGAGACCGAUCUCCCCUGCCUCCAACCACGGCCGUGCAUUAUUUCCAUUUACCAAGCUUGCUUUCUGUCCCAAGGCUUUGUUUCCUCAUAGUCAAACCAAAGUCCUGCCUCCUGCUUUUAAAGAGUUCAGAGAAAUAAGAAAGGGGGCCAAAAAAGCCAUUAUCAAACGAUACGCACCGGUUCCACUUCAAAGAGAAAUGCAUUUCUGCCAUGGAAUCAUGGUCUCUAUUUCCAUACUUCAGCUCACAGAAAAUGCUAAAUACUGACAGACAGCGUGAGAAGAUGAUUUUAUUUUUCUGGGGCUGACGCUUUCCGUUGUGCCUUGUUUUCUUAGUUAGGUGACGGAGUGUUUCCCGGUGCAGUGCAGCUUGGAGUCUUCUUGGGAGCCCAAGAGCCACCACAAAGUAAAUACUUACAGGCAGGGAAAGAUAAAAAUGUUCCACAGCUGAUGAUUUUCAAAUGAAAGUAAAGCAUAAAAUAAAUGCUGUCUUUCCCCUGAAAGCAACCAAAAAUAUAUCAUUUGAAAUAAAUCAAAGCUCCAUUUUACUUUCUUAAUAAGCCCCAAGACUGACAAAAUUACUGUGAGCUAUAAGCACCCGUCAAUGGUCCUAUUUCCAAGUGUUUUAGAAACAUGGAAUGGUUUGGGUUGGAAAGGACCUUAAAGCCCAUUCAGUGGGACACCUCCCACUGGAUCAGGGGCCCCAUCCGACACCUCCAGGGAUGAGGCCCCCACCACUUCUCUGGACAACCUUGCUCCAGUGCCGUACGCAAUCACAUGCAAAGCUUUGCCAGGUCUCGCGGGUCAAGCGAGACGGCCUCUGCCCCACAGCGCUGCUGUGCCGUAAACCGGCCACGCGCCGAAGGGGAGAACGCGGGAAAUCCGCUCUGACCCUGCACACUGGAGCUUCGGAAAGAAGCGAGGGGUAACUGAAACCAGCACAGCUUCACGUCACGUAAAGCACUGGCCUACUUUAGCGAGCAUCACUGCUGGGUGACUCAUUUAAGUAGCCGUAGCGCUCUUACAAUCUUACCGUCAUUAACUGAAGUAGUUAAUGCUUGCAGCUUUGGCCAGAGCGGAGAUGUAAGGUUUGAAGUCCCAGGGGUUUGGUUGCAUAAGAAACCACGUCUUGUGGCAUUUUGUUGAUCGAGCACUACUCCUGGUCAUGCGGAGGUUUGAUUUCCCCUUGCAUCAGCUACAACAGACCCACUGCACUUUCUUGUACUGGUGUUGGAUUGUUUGACAGGGAGGGCAGAGACAGGAUGAGGGGGAACAGCUUGAAGCUGGAAGACGAGAGAUUGAGACGAGAUCUUAGGAAGAAAUAUUUUGUUGUGAGGGUGUGGAGGCCCUGGCCCAGGUUGUCCAGAGCAGCGGUGGCUGCCCAUCCCUGGAGGGGUACCAGGCCAGGUUGGAUGGGGCUCGGAGCAACCGGAUCCAGCGGGAGGUGUCCCUGCCCGUGGUAGGGGGUGGAACCGAAUGGACUUUGAGGUCCCUUCCAACUCAAAUCAUUGUAUUACUAUGAUUCACAAGAGCCAUCCCCUUCGCCCUGCGCCGAGCCUGCGCUGCUCUCCCACACCCCUGCCUCAAAGGAUCUUUUUCUUGCAGAAUCGUAUCUGAGAAACCAGGAGCUUGCGCUUCUUCUCAUUUGUGUCUGUGCGUAACAGGUGUCACUUUCAGUGUAGUACAGACAAAUCCCAAAAUAGCUCAGGCUCUUCAGACAC